GCAAUAUCUUAAGCCUUUAAAAUACUUCAACUCCCAGGGUGCACCGCUCUCAGGCUUCAAUGCACUUUUCAUGGCGUCUGUUCGUAGGCUAAAGACAGGUCGCCUUCUGACAAACAGAUAGGCCAGCGAAUUUACGGCUUUGUUUUGACCGUCCCCGAGUGACACGAUGGAGGUGGUGAGUGUCAGCCCGGAGGAGGAGAGCCGUCUGACCCAGCUGAGGUUUGACGCCGCAGUCAAAGUCAUUAAGAGUUUACCCCCAGAUGGACCUUUUCAGCCCUCCAACGACAUGAUGCUCAAGUUCUACAGUUACUACAAACAAGCUACUGUUGGCAUGUGCAACAUACCCAGACCUGGCUUCUGGGAUGCAGUUGGGAAAGCUAAAUGGGAUGCAUGGAAUUCUCUUGGAGAAAUGACAAAAGAACAAGCAAUGGCAGCCUAUGUUGAUGAAAUGAAGCUGAUCCUGGAGGGCAUGCCCAUGACUGAUGAGGUGGAGGAGCUCUUGCGGGUUCUUGGUCCAUUCUACGAGCUUGUUGAGGAGAAGAAAAAGAUCACGCAGAUAUCAGACUUGAGCACAGCCCGUUUGACACUGUUUGCUAGGCAACUGGAAGGGUUUGGUACGAUGCUACAUUCAAUGCCAUCAAAGAGUGUCACGAAGAGCAUUGUCAGGAGUAUGGAACUGAACGGCACUCUAGAGACCAAACCUGCAAAAAUCAAAUCGACAGAAAUGACAGAGAGGUCAGACGAAGAGCCUGAGGAGGAGGAGGAAGAGGAGGAAGAGGAUGAAGAUGAGGAAGAAGUGGAGCGGGAGGUUAGGAAAGACAAGAAAUCAGCAGCUUUACAGCCAAAGAAGAAAGGUUCAUCCAGGAGACACAAAGCGCCUCUUGCAAAUAAUAAAGUGGCCAACGGGGGCACCCAUCUCACCAACGGGAGUCAUUCCAGAGCCGCCCUGAACAGUGAGGACUCCCAGGAGAGCUCAGCCUGUGAGCCUCUCCUGAAUGGUCAUCAUGCAGCAGAUGUGUCCGGUCCGAAUCAUGUGGCCAGUGACUCCGACAGUGAAGUCUACUGCGAUUCUGUGGAUCAGUUCGGACAAGAGGAGAAUUCAGAGCAUAACCGUUCUCUGGACGACCUGGAUGAAGAGGAGAACCAUAUGCUGCCUCCUUUAGGGGAGCCACAGGAGCCUCGGGAGGACAUUGAAGGUGCACCUCAGGUGAUCAGGUGUGGAGGGGAAGACGGAGACGCCGGUGGGACGAGACAAAGACAGAGGCUGAGCACAGACAAGGCAGACGGCUCCGUGGCCAGAAGAGGACGGGGAUCCAGGUCCCCAGGUCUGGGUUCUGGUCCUGUGGUGCCCGUGCACAGCGGCGGAGAUGGGGACGGGGGCCACUGGGGAGGGGCCGUCACACCUGGUGGGAGCCUGAAUGAACAGAUCGUAGUGGCGUUGGCCAGACUGCAGGAGGACAUGCAGAGCGUUCUGGAGCGGCUGCACACUCUGGAGGCUCUCACUGCGACCCAGGCACGUUCAAUGGCUUUGUCUCCGGCUUUUGUGACACCUGCAGUGAAUAAGAGAAGCCAGAGACCAUCCUGGUGGCCUUUCGACAUCUCUCCCACCUGUUUGGCCUUCGCUGUUAUUUGGCCGUUUGUGGUGCAGUGGCUUAUCCGUCUGUACUUGAAGAGGAGAAGGUCAUUUUUAAGGAUAAAAUACAAAAUUGAUCUACAGUGAAAAAUAAAAUAAACUCAUCAUGUUUGUGUCUUUUUCUCUUUUCCUUUUUAGACGAAUCAACUGAAAACCCACAGGCACAGAGGAGUCCACUAAACCUCUCCAGUCGGGUGGCUAACAGCUGAAAACUCCCCCCUGCUUAGUCCCAGAGCCCAGUAAUUUGCUUUUGCACUAUGAAAGAAGGCACCUAGAGUAACAAGCAGGACGAGGACGUCUCUCAUGCGUGUUGUUGUGUGGAUGUGGAAUCAAAAUGAAACCCGAAUGUAUGGACGCCUGUAAUAAUUAUACAACAUUUUUAAGAUGACACCACUGAACUGGAAUCUGUCUCUGUAUGAAACAGUUUGUGUUGAGAGGAACAUUUGUGGCCGGGCCAUUGUCAGUGUGUUGAACUGCGGUAGCUUCUCAAUUAUUUCUAUAACUAAGGCUUUUUGCACAAAAAAAUGGGCCUAAUACUUUGUUGUUUUGAGUAAAAUGCUUGAUGUGGUUAUAAAUUUUCGCAAAUCACUUUGGUUAGUCGCCCAGGCCAUGCUGCUAAAUAACUGUAGAGUAGAAAGGAGGAUUGAAUGUAAUAAUGUAUUGUGUUGAAUCCUUUUAAUUCUGAUAAGUUAGUAUUUAUUGCUUUGAGACCGUUAUAAAUGAAGGCUUUUCAGUCCAGAUUUUAGAUGCGUAUGUGAUGUGUAUGUUUGUGUGUGUGUAUAGAUUAGUGUGACGUGUUCUUAUCACCUGCUCUGCUGUAUAUCAGUCUGUGCUUUAUGUCACGGUUUAUUGUGUUUCAUUAAGGGGAAAAAAAAGUGCCUCAACAUCUUAAGGUACAAUCAUACUGUAGGUGGCAUUAUAUCAAACACUGACAUGUAGCGUUUCACUACUGGACCAAAUUCACAUUAAACUCCUUCCACCUAGUGAGCCAUGAGGAGGUGGACGUCAGUUUCCAUUCGAUUUGUGUCAUUUUAUUAAUGUAUAACCCCCAUCACCGUCUCUGUCAUGUUUUUCUAUGUUUAAUUUCCAUGUGUGAUUUGGUAAAUACAUUUGUAAUAUAUUCCAGAAAGGUUUUGUCCAAGUGAUAAUAGUGAUGUUGAUGAAUUGUUUGCAAAAGCAGUGAGAUCUAUACAAAUUGUAUACAAUAGCUGUACAGAUGGAUGAUUAAAAUGCAAUAUUUUAAUUGCAUUCCUGUGUACUAAUAUAGAAAAUACUAUAUCAUAUUUACAAGGUUUGCAUCUGCAACGGCACUAAUCUUUCCAGAGCCAUUAUGUUUUAAUAUAAAAGGAAUAGUUUACCUUUCUACUGAAAUGUACUAAGGCUUUCUUACCUCUCUGCCUGUGGAUAGAGUGGGGUUUGCAUGUGAUAAUCUAAGCCGAAAAUAAAGUUUUCAGUAAGCUAA